CUACUAGAUUUGUGCAAAUUUGAUUGCGAGCUAGAAAUUUUCUAGUUAUUGUUUGAAGUCUGAACCAGUUGUUUUACAUUUUGUCAGAUAUUUUUGGCACUGCAACAGGUUUAUUGAAAGGAAGAUAGAUGUUUGGACAGGAUAGUGAUGAAAUUUUUGGGAAAAACAGGCCUGAAGAUGUGUGCUGGCUUUAUUCCCUAUCCGAUUCCGAGCUUGACUUGCUGAUUAGCUUAAAAAUGUUGGCCAUUCAUCGUGCAAAAAUUAUUGGGCAUGAGGAUCUAGCCGAUAAAUUUGAUCUCAAAAUGCUUCGGGCUCUUGGUUAUAUCUUGAUGGAAUAUCUAAAUGGAUGUUGUAAGAAUUCAUCAGCUACUUCGUCCCUGACCAAGUCCUCAGCAUUAUUAGAUGGCUCCAAAUUAUUAAUGAAUCUUAAGGACAGCUUUGCUUUUGUGAAAAGUGAAGACAUAAGGGCAUCAAUUGAUACAAACUCAAGAAAAAGAACAAUAGAAAGACCUCAAGACGAAAAAGUUCUUGGUCGUACGAAGAAACAGAAAACUGAGAGAUCAUAACAUUUUAGUCUGCUUAAAAUGUUAUCCUACUGAGAUGAAUGAGCUUGGACAGUCAUCCUUUGUUGUGGCAAGAUGCAAUGGUACAUUGGCUUAGCAUCUUUGUCCGUUGGAACAGAAAAUCUCACAUCAGAUAAGAGACAUUUGAAGCCAUUUUGUUAUCUUUAAUGCAUCCAAUCCGGUUGGUUCGAUAGGUGAUCAUUUGCAGUCUGUUAAUGUUUUAUUGCAUUGCUCUUGGACCUGCAAAGUUAUGGAGGGAUGCUUA